GCUUCGAGUGCGGAUAGCAGUCUCGGAACCUUAAAUAAAAAACCUGUUUGAAAAUUUACAAAAUUUUAAAGUGUGAGAUGUUAUUUUUACGCAGCAAACAGGAGCGCAACGCUCAAGAGCAGUUUAAAAUUAAACAAUUGCGUGAACUGGUGGAGAAGUCAGAUGAGCUUCAAGUUGGCACGGACGAAAUAUUUUUGACUAAGUUUUUACACUACACCAGCUGGGAUACCUUUAAGGCCUAUCGAGCUAUACAUGCCUACUAUGAUUUUAAGCUCAAGCAUCCCACCUGGGUAUGCCAGAACCCUAUAGAAUAUUAUAGAAAAAUAUUUUUUGCAACAAACUGUCGCUAUGUGAUGCCACAUACAGAUAAAAAUGGACGUGUGCUGGUCAUUCUUAAGACUGUCGAUGCAUUCCAGCAAUAUCCAAACUAUCUACAGUAUUUGAUUGAAAUGGAUGAUAUUAUAUUUGAAUCCUUGUUAAUGUUGCCGCGUGUACAAGAGAAUGGCAUAACGGUCAUUUGUGAUCUACAAGGCACCACACGCAAUUUUUUGCGACAGUUUACACCCACCUUUAUGAAGACGGUUAAUGAUAAAAACUCGGUGCUGCCGUUUAGCCAACGCAUUGUACAUAUAAUUCAGCGUGGAUUCCUAAUGCAUGUGACUUCCUCGCUGUUUUUACCUUUUAUGAAUAAAGACUUUAAGGAACGCAUUUUUACACACGAUGGUCGGCAUUUGGGCAAACUGCGUGAAAUGAUUGGAUUUGAUUCCCUGCCUGCGGAAUACGGUGGACCAGCCACCAAUGUGCUUGAUACCAAUUUAAUUUUUAAUCAUUUGAGUCAAAAUGCGCACUAUCUGGAAAAGCUGCAGGACUAUAAAAAACUUUCAAUAAAUUAA